AUGGCUCCAGUAGCGAUCUCGCCCCCUCCAUCGACCACCGGUGAAGACUCCAUCGCCAGCUAUCGUGGUUACGACCAUGUCCAGUGGUACGUGGGCAACGCAAAGCAAGCGGCCAGUUACUACAUCACUCGGAUGGGAUUUAAGCGCAUUGCCUACCGUGGUCUCGAGACUGGCACGCGUCAUCUCUGCUCCCAUGUCAUCCGCAACGGCGAUAUCACUUUCAUCCUCACCUCGCCCCUACGAUCUCUUGACCAGAUUGAGCGUUUCUCUUUCGAGGAGCAAGCCCAGCUGCGUGAGAUCCACCACCACCUUGAGCAGCACGGUGAUGGUGUAAAGGAUGUCUCUUUCGAAGUCGACGACGUCGAGGCUGUUUACUAUGCUGCUGUCAAGAAUGGUGCCAAGUCUGUCUCCAAGCCUCGUGUGCUCGAGGACGAGCACGGCCAUGUCAAGGUUGCUACUAUUCAGACAUACGGUCAGACCACACACACGUUGAUUGAGCGUGGCCAGUAUCACGGUGCUUUCAUGCCUGGGUUCCGUCUUGAGCAGAACCCUGAAGAUCCCGUGGAGAAGUUCUUGCCUGGUGUCAAGCUUCGCCGCAUCGAUCACUGUGUGGGCAACCAGGACUGGGACGAGAUGGAUAAGAUCUGUGAAUAUUACGAAAAAGCCCUUGGUUUCCACCGCUUCUGGUCAGUGGACGACAGCCAAAUCUGCACUGAAUUCUCCGCUCUGAAGAGUAUCGUCAUGGCUUCCCCUAACGAGAUCGUCAAGAUGCCAAUCAACGAGCCGGCCAAGGGCAAGAAGCAAUCCCAAAUCGAAGAAUAUGUCGACUUUUACAACGGCGCCGGCGUGCAACACAUCGCUCUCUUGACCGACGACAUCAUUCGCGACAUCACCAACCUAAAGGCCCGAGGUGUCGAAUUCAUCAAGGUUCCCGAGACAUAUUACACCGAUAUGCAGGCCCGUCUGAAGGAGUCUGGUCUCGUGCUCAAGGAGGACUUUGAGACUAUCCGUAGCUUGGAUAUCCUGAUUGACUUUGAUGAGGGCGGUUAUCUUCUUCAACUCUUCACCAAGCAUCUCAUGGACCGUCCUACCGUCUUCAUCGAGAUCAUCCAGCGUCACAACUUCUCCGGAUUCGGUGCCGGCAACUUCAAGUCGCUCUUCGAGGCGAUCGAACGCGAACAGGCCCUCCGUGGAAACCUUGUCUAA